AUGGCUUCGCGCAUCUUGGGAAUGGGAGUGAGAAACUUGUCGAUGAGUGCGAGGAGGGCGGCGACGGGUCCGGUGGUGGGGGGUAAUUCGAAUGUGUUGCCGGUUAGGAAACCGAUUGGGGCUUUUAGGGGGGGAUUGACCGGAUUCCUACUCGGUUCAACAUUGGCGGGUGCAGGGGUUUACUACUAUAUUCUGGAGGAAUACAAGGUUAGCAAUGAGUUGUUGACGGAGGAUAUUUAUAGUCUGCAAAAUUCGGUACAGAGAGUUCAUACGUAUGUUCAGUCGCUGGAGGAAAAGUUGGCGGAUUUGGAGAAGAAGAAGAAGUAA